GAGGUUAUGUUAGUUUGUUUUGAUUUUAAUCGUGUGAACAAGUGUAUUUUUCCCAAUUUUCAUUAAUUUUCCACAGAGAAAAAAUGUCUGAAGGUGGAAAGAAAAUGAAGAAAUUUUCUCAGCAGAAUCAGCAACAGCGACUGGCCAAAAAGGUCCAAAUUGCCAAGAAGGAUCCUGUGAGGGAGAAGCCGGAAGACAAAAAACCAAAGAUUCUCUUGAAGCCUAAGGAAAAGGUUGAGAAUCCUGAGCAAGACAAUGCAAGUGUAUCUAUUGCUAAACCAGCUGUUCAGGUGGUGACAAAAGUUGAACCUCCAAAGGAAGAGGAACAUCAUCAGGUUCAGGAAAUGACUAAACCCUGUGAACUUGUUUAUUCAAAUUUCGAGAUGAACAAGAGAGCUUCAGAGUAUCUCAGUGACUCGAAUGUUUUCUUCAAAGUCGUGGGGGUUAUUGGGACCAAAGGUAGCGGGAAGAGUACAAUUCUCAACAGCCUGGUUCAGGAGAGACUUAAGAGUGCUGAUGAUAGGAAAAUAUUUCCGGAAUUUAGAGAGGGCAGAAAUUUAAGUGGACUGCAGAUGUUUAUAACAAAUGACCGGACCAUUUUACUGGAUUUCCAGGAAUCCUUCACAAAUGAAGCAGACACAAUAAAGAUGAUAAUGUUUGCUUUAUCCCUGUGCCAUGUCCUUUUGAUAGUUCAGAAUGACUAUUUGGACAUGAAUUUGAUGAAGCAUGUUAUAUUUGCUGAAAUGAUGAAGUUCAACACGGGAAAUAGGAUUUGUCCAGAUGGACCUAAUGUUAUUUUUGUAAAAAAUCGCACAACAGCUUUGGAUGUAGCCCAAGGACGCGUGGAAGUGUGGCGAAAAGUACUCGAAAAACUAUUCAGGGAUUCCAAAUUGAACAUUUACACAGAAUAUCCGGAUGAAGCCACCAAGACAUCAAAGAAUGCAGUUAAAUGUACCAAGCAGAUCAAUUUAAUUGAAUUUCCAGAUCUACAGUGCAAAAACUAUGUGAAUUCUAAGGAUGUUACAAAUGCCACUGAGGAGUUGCUCUGUAGUGUCUUCAGGCACCUCAAGAAUCCUCUUAAGACCUCCCAGACGAUCUUUACGGAGAGACUGUGGUGGCAAUUGGCGAUGAAUCUCUGUGAUACGCACAAAACUGAAUACUUCCUCAGAAAGUACGAUCAUCUUACCAAUGCAAUUAAUUCAACAACAGUUGAUGGUCAUGGAAAAGAUAGAUAUGCUCUCAAUUAUCACGUGGACUCAUAAGCUGCCAAGAGAGAGGCUGGUCAGAGGCAGAGAAUAAAAAAGGCAAAAAAUUUUACUGAUAAACUGUGGCCAGGAGGUUUCUCUUGCGUUGCUCCACGGGCUUGUAAGCAUGCUGGUAAACACUGGCCAGGCGCCAGAUUUCCGGAUAACCUCCCUGACCGGCUCCACCUCGCCAACAAGCGAAUGGAGGAGCCAAGGUCUCAAUAUUGUAAUUCUUCUUUGCAUAGGGGUCUCGUGGUUUGGGUACUUUGAUAGUCUUCCUGACACGCUGUUUAUCCGAACCAUUCGAUGAAAUACUCUGUCCACAUCCACUGUCCGAAUCAUUUCUCACCAAACGAGCAUUUGAAGCUGCCGUGGGCUUGGUGUACUCGCACAGACGCAUUGGACGCUGAGGCUUAGCAGAACUUCGGGCUUUUGUUUCAACCAAAAUGGGAGUGUGUUUGAUGCAAACCAAUUCACACUCAUUCUGAGCCCUUUCGGCCAAUUCCACGAGAUUGGGUGAGCUCUUGUAGGUGCGACUGAGGGGCUUCGAUGACUGAAGCUCGGCAGAGCGGGAGACACUUUUGGGGCGACUGAUUGAGUGAUCAGCAGGAACAUUCAUGGUCAGAGCGCUUCGACUGCGAUUUCCCCCUUCGCCGCAGCAACAAGUGCGUCCUAAUAAUAAAAUAAUGUUUUAAAAAAAUCUACUAUUCAACUUUAUGAAUAAAUUUUUUGAGACCCCUGAAAA